AUGGCUCAUGGCAUCGUGACCCCGCUGCCUCGUGUUGUAGGACCCAUAGACGUCGUUAUAUUCGGAGAGCUCAUCCCUGCAGGAUCGACGCCUCUACCACUGAGCACACCCGCGACCUCUGACUCUGACUCUGAGCUAUCCCUCCGCUCUAACCCUCCACCUUCCGCCACUCUACCCUCUUCCUCCGUUCAACUCACCUUCCCGCUCCACCCACCUCCCCGCCGCCAACUGCCAACUGCCAACCACCGUACGCCAACUGCCAACCACCGUACGCCAACUGCCAACCACCACGCGCCACACGCCAUCCCUUCAUCCGCCAACGCCUACGCCAAAUCAUCCACGCCAAAACGCCAAAACACCAAGUCUCCAACAACAACAACAACGUAA